UAUCGUCUGAUUGUCAGCGUAGCAGCAUAUUAUACAUAUUGCAGCUAGGCUUUCUCGGAUAACGCUUGCUGCUUGCACGCACAGCUGGGGACUGGCCGCCAAAUGGAGGGAAAGCAGGGUGUUGAUGUGUUCUUUCAGCCCCCUAAAUCCUUCCUCAGCGUAUUGGAGGAGGAUAAGGACCUGAGUGUUCCUGCCUCCACCAAGCUGGGAUGUACGCUCGGUCCUGAGACUCGCAGUGUUGAAGCCCUAGAGCAGCUGCUGCGGGCUGGAAUGACGUUGGCUCGCUUUGACUUCAGCUGGGGAACCAUGGAAUAUCACCAAGAGACCCUGGACAACUUGCGCAUUGCCAUGCGCAACACAAAGCGCCUGUGCUGCACAAUGCUGGACACGAUGGGACCCGAAAUCACAGUUCUAAACAGGCCCAGCGGCCUCAUCCGCCUCACCGCCGGCCAAACGCUCACCCUCACCUGCGACAGGUCCGUGCAGUCCUCCUCCUCCGUGCUCGCCAUCUCCUACCCCUCCCUGGCCGGCACCGGACUAGCCCCCGGCAGCAAGGUGUUCGUGGGACAGUACCUAUUCACGGGCUCCGAAACCUCCUCCGUCUACCUGACCGUACAAGAGGUCCGCGGCAACGAGGCGGUCUGCACCAUCAACAACAGCUGCGAGCUGGAGGGGCUGGCGCUCACGGUCCACAUGGCGCUCAUGCGCAACGAGGCGCCCAUCCUGAGCGAGGCCGACGUGACCGCCAUCAGCCAGUGGGGCGCAGCCAACAGGGUGGACUUCCUGUCCGUCUCCUUCGCGAGGAGCGCGGGGGACAUCGCAACCGUACGGCAGCUGCUGGACAGCAUCGGUAUGUCCCAGACCCGCAUCGUUGCCAAGAUUGAGAACCUGGCCGGUCUGCUGGCGGCGGGUGAGAUCAUCGAGGCGGCGGACGCGGUGCUCAUGUCUCGGGGCAACCUGGGCAUCUGCCUGGACCCGGAGAAGAUGUUUGUCGCCCAGAAGAAGCUGCUUCGCGCCUGCAACCUGGCGGGCAAGCCGGUGCUGGUGACCCGCGUGGUGGACACCAUGACGGAGGCCCCCCGCCCCACCCGCGCUGAGGCCACCGACGUGGCCAACCUCAUCCUGGACGGUGCGGACGGCAUCCUGCUGGGGUCUGAGACCUUCAGGGGCAAGUACCCGGUGGCGGCGGUGCGGACCGUGCUGGCCAUAUGCAAGCAGGCUGAGCGCUGCUUCGACAACGAGUCCUACUAUCGCUCCUUGAUGGACCACUUCGGCUGCUUCACGCUACACCCCGUCAACCUGUCCAAGCGCGAGGCGCUGGCCAGCAGUGCGGUGCGCGCGGCCGCCAAGAUUGACGCCUCGCUCAUUAUCGUGUUCACGGUAACCGGGCAGACGGCGCGGCUGGUGGCAAAGUACAAGCCGGCGUGUCCCAUCCUGACGGUGGUGUGCACCGACCCGCAGUCCGCGCUGGCCCAUAACAACGACCGCUACUGCACCCUGGUCGCCCGCACCAGCACCAGCGGGCAGGAGGAGCUGCGGGCGGCACUCAGCACCGCUCAGGCAGCAGCUGCAGCCACAGCAGCUUCAGCAGCUGCCGCUGCUGCUGCUGCUGCUGCCGCCGCGGCUCAGGAAGCAGCCUCCCCGAUCGUGUGCCCCGACCUCAAGUCCGACGGUCUGCGCUGGAGCCUGCUGGGUGAGGUGCAGGCGCGGCAGUGCCUGCUGUACCGCGGAGUGCUGCCGGUGAUGGCGGACCCGCACUUCGCACUGCCGGGGGGGGCCAUCCUGGACUACGCGAUCGCAUACGCCCGCCACGUGGGUCUUGUCCGCACCGGUGACCGUGUUGUGGUGUCUCAGUGCCCCCGCACGGGGUACAGCGAGGUGAUGGAGGAGGCGGGCGUGGUGAAGCUGAUCACAGUGGACGACCACGAGGUGGCGAGCCGAGUGGAUAUCAGCCAUCCGCUGUACGUGAUCGGCUCCAUGGACCCGGAGGGGGCGAGGCGGGAGCAGGAUUGAGGAGUGAGGAGGGGGAGGGCAGGUGUUAUUAAGGGAGCAGGAGUGGGGCACUGCAUGAGGGAGGGAGGGAGGGAGAAGCAAAGAAGAAGUACCAUGCAUGUGGGGGAGAGGGACGCAGGGAUGUGUUGUUGUUCAGGUGUUGAUGGCAUCUGCGGUUGCGCGGUUGUUAGUAGUUGUUAGUUAUGUUGCAAAAAUAGCUCUGCAUGAUGGAGAGGGGGGCGCUGCGGAGGCGCCUGGAGGGAGCCGGUGCGGGUGCCUGGGAGGCGGUGGGGUCCCUAGCAGCUGGUGGCUGCGUGUGGGGGGCGUGGCGCGUGUGUGGGUAGUUGGUGGUUGUGUUCGUGUGUGUGGGGAGUGGGUUGUGGCGGUUAGGGCAAAGGACUCGUGCGAGCGUUGCUUGAAGGCUGCUGCAUGCUUGCGUGGGGCUCUGUUGGGGCUAAGCAGGGGGCUCGUGCCGUUGUGGGCCAUAUCGGAUGUGGGCUGGUUGCGUUUCCGGUUUUUCGUUGACCUCGAAUAAGAGCGAUGUGAGGGCGAAGAAGUGGCGGCUGCAGUUGUGGCAGUUGAGGUUGGAGCGGAGCGGAGCGCUGUGUUGUGUUCUUUUGCAGGAGAGAUAUGGACAGGAGAGAUACGAGCAAGUGGGGAGAGGGAGAGGAGGGGAGAGACAAUCGCUGUGGUGUCGAUUCUACUUGUUCGGUGCUUGCGGUUGACGUCUUAAAGUUUACGAGACGAGCAGACAGCGCGGAGUGCUGCGAAGAAAUAAGGUGAGGGUGUGGCUGUACGACAACAGGUGUUACGAAGAUACGGUAAUGAAAAUAUGUACGGCAUACAACAUAGCUGUAUGCAAUUAGCACCUGCACCGAUGUGCUUUGAGAGUGUCUAAAGGAGGUGCCUCUCGCGUUGUCUUUAUGACUCCGCUCGUAAAGUACUACCAAGCAACUUACUUGUUUCCGUUGGGCCUGCAAACCUUUCCCGGCGUAUCGCUAUAGUUUUUCCUAAGCUAUGUCGGGGCGUUUACCUUCCGAUGUCCGUUAGCUCUUAGCUGCCCAUGUUUGCUGUGGUGUUCAGACCCGCAGGUGGGGGUCCACGCGCCAAUGCGACUGAAGUGUGAGGUGUUUGUAUAAACAGUAGACACUGUAGCAGGAGCGGUGUAAUGACGACAACCCUACAUCACUUCUCUCUGCGCAUAUCGCAGCAUGGGCGGACGGAAUGUUUGGCUGACCUGGUAGUUAGGGGUUCCGGUGCUGCAGGGGGAGGGCAGCUGUACUGCAGUCGUAGUGGGAGGAUUGUUGCCGUGCGGACUGGGUUGUCCUGGGGCGUGUCUAACCCGUGUAACCGGUUUGGGGACUCCCUGCCAUUAACCAAGGGGUGGAACAUCGCGGAAAGAAGGGAGCUGUUGCGGUGCGUGGGCGUGACGUUCGGUGGUGUGGGGUUUGUGUGAACCCGAAGCGACACACGCUCUGCUGUAUACGAACCCCCGGUCAACCCAGUAGCGGGUGGUUGGCUGCCUGAGUUCAGUAUGUGCGAUAGACAAACUUGUAAGUGGGGGUGGAACCAUGCGUGUUAG